CACGUAUAUAUCUGAGGCUGGGUGGAGACAUGAACAGAUGGAUGGAUGCAUGGGUUCUAGCAUGGAUGGCUGGACCCAAGGCUGGAUGGAAGCAUGGGCAGAUGGAUGGAUGAGUUCUAGGAUGGAUGGGACACAUGGAUGCAUGGAUUCCAGGAUGGAUGGAUGGACAAAUCUGAGGCUGGAUGGAAGCAUGGACAGAUGGAUGCAUGGAUUUUAGGAUGGAUGGGACAGAUGGAUGUAUGGAUUCUAGGAUGGAUGGGACAGAUGGAUGUAUGGAUUCUAGGUUGGAUGGAUGGAUGGAUGGAUAGAUCCGAGGCUGGAUGGAAGCAUGGGCAGAUGGAUGCAUGGAUUCUAAGGUGGAUGAUUUGAGGAUGUACGGAUAAAGGGAUGAGCAGACUGAUGGGAAACGAAGCUCAGCAGUGCCAGCACCUGCACCAGGACAUGCUGGGGCGAGCCAGGCUGAGCCCAUCCCCGCGCCGUGGGGCAGAGGAGGAGGAACCGAGCGUGCAAAGGGGCGGGACGGAGAGGCAGACCCAUGGGUGGAAGAUGGCCGUGUCCACCCUGCAGCUGGUGGAACUGGUCCUCCACGGAGCCGCCUUCCUUUGUGGCAUCGCCUGCGCGUCGGCCCUCACCGUGGCGCAGGGGGAGUUUGGUGGUUGGUGCAUCCUCUACGGCAGCGUGAGCUGGAACGGGACGGCGCUGGUGCCCAAGGCUUUCAGCCACCUCUCCCUCUGUUAUUUCGUCUCCGGUGUCUCCAUCGUGGUUGCCCUCUACUGCUUCUCAUCGCUCCUCUACGGCAUCUUCGGCUGCUGCACCGGCGAGUCCCAGUGGGACCGCUCCUGGCUCCGCGUCACCUUGGCCAUCACCAUCAUCAUCCUCUUCUUCCUCCUCAUCUCAGCCUGCAUUCUCCGCGUGGGGAUGGACGCUCUCUGCGCAUCCAUCAUGGAGACCAAGAGGGUAUCCAGCUGCUGGGAUGCCCAACACGCACCAUGGGCGCCCUACAGCCCCAUCCGUUUCUACAGCAACCUCAGCAGUGCACAGUCCUCAGCCUGGGUGACCGUGUUCCUCUGGUGCCUGCUGACGGCCCGGCUGCUGCUGCAGCGGCAACGGGAGCCCCGGAUCCCACUGCUGCGGAGCAACGACCCUGAGUGCAGCGCGGAGGCAGAGGCCACUUUUGGGGGGCACUUGAUAGGGCCCUGAAGGAAAUGGCUGAUUGGG